AUGUCGCCACAACUUCGUCUCAAUGCCGUAGCUUUCGUAUCUGCUCAAAACCACCCAAUUCUCAUACGCACCUUCUCGCAACCCCGGCAAGAUGAGCUGAAAUACCACUACAUAGCACAUACCAGUCUCGAUGUCAUCGAAGAACGCAUCAAUGCUGCCGUUGCUGCGAAGUCCACCGAGUGCUAUCUCGGCCUACUCUACACCAUGGAAGAUGUCGCUGUGUACGGCUACUUGACGCCUCUGAAGGUCAAGAUCAUCAUCGCCGUCGCCCUGUCCGAUUCCGUCGUGCGAGAUGCGGAUGUCAUCAUGAUCUCCAAAGCAUUACACACGGCGUACCGCCAAUCUGUCGCUAACCCAUUCCUGAGGCUGAAUGCCCCGGUGGAUGGGACGAUUGACCACGCCGCGCUCCUUCUUGUGGGCAGCCCCAAAUGGAGAGGGUUUCGGCGCCGAGUAGACGACAUCGGGAGAGCUGUGGGUGCUAUCGGGCCUGCCGUUGCCUCUUGA